UUUUAUUUUCAAAGAUCAGCUGUUUUGCAUGUAAGCCCAUGGAGCAGUCAAUUACUACAAGACUGCAACCUGAAAAGCCUGAACAUGAAAAAUAUCUCUUCAUUUGAACUUCUCAUUUUUUACAUUGACAUUGAUAUAAAUAAUUUUGAAGUCCUUUACAUAACUUUUCGUAUGUGUAUCUUAGUAGUAUAAAUUAAAACAAAAACAAAAUAAAAAACAAGAAUGUGUCCAUAGUACACGGAUGCCCCACUCGCACUAUCAUUUUCUGUGUUCAGUGGACCGUGAAAUUGGGGUAAAAACUUUAAUUUGGAAUUAAAAUUAGAAAGAUCAUAUCAUAGUGAACAUGUGUACUAAGUUUCAAGUUGAUGUAACUUUAACUUUAACAAAAACUACCUUGACCAAAAACUUUAACCUGAACUUCGCACUAUCAUUUUCUAUGUUCAGUGGACCAUGAAAUUGGGGCCAAAACUAUAAUUUGGCAUUAAAAUUAGAAAGAUAUAGCAUGGGGAACAUGUGUACUAAGUUUCAAGUUGAUUGGACUUCAACUUCUUCAAACUACCUUGACCAAAAACUUUAACCUGAAGCGAACGGACGCACAGACGGACGAACGAGCGAACGAACGGAGGCACAGACCAGAAAACAUAAUGCCCAUCUAUUAUCGUAGGUGGGGCAUAAUUAUAGAUAAGCAGAAAACAUACAAAGACAUUGAAACCGUCUUAAACGAUUUAAAGCGUACAUAUUGAGGACAGUUAAAGAUAAUAACGUAUAAUACACAAAGAAAAGAAAAAAUACGAAUGCAUUGCAUAUAUUGUAAUAUACAUGUACAUGUACAUCUUGGUACUUCGAAUCACGACUUCCACACAAUGUCUUAUAAAGAAUGAACAUACUUUGAGAAGAGAAAUCUAUAUUUCUAUUACAACAUUAACCACUCGAAAAUUCAAUAUCUACAUGUAAAAGGUAAACAGGCGAUAUCUUUAUCUAAACAAUCAUAUCUCUCUGAUAUAUUUUUGUUUAAAUCGAUCACCCAUACCUUAAUCUAGAAGGAAGGGAAACAAUGGUGGUGAUUUGUCGGUUGUGGAUUUUUCCCCUUAUUUUCAUAGGAUUGGUAUAUCAUUCAGAUUCAUUAUGGUGCUACCAAUGUGGUGACAGUUCUGCCACUGGUCCGUGUAUAACAGACACAGCUGACAUGGAAGCAGAAUACAUAGAGUUCAAUAAAACAAACUCGACAGAGAAACAAGAUCAGCCAACAACUGAUAAAGACACAAAUACGAAAAAAUACCAAUAUCUUAAAAAUUGUCAGAACUCAAACUAUGAUAGAUGUGUCAUUGAGAGGAUAGAAGAACAAGGACAGGUCCAUGCAUAUAUACGGGAUUGUCACAACAGUGCUAACAACUAUUCAUUUUAUGACCCGAAGUUUUCAGAUUUAGACCCUGCGCGUAACCACACAUCAUGUAUCUAUGACGCCUUUUCCAAGAGACUAGCUUGUGUUACUGUGUGUGAAACUGACUUUUGUAAUGGACCUCAGAUAGCUGGUGGAAAUAGUAGCCGCGCUCAAACACUGCUUGUUCUGUUUUAUUCUGUUCUUGUAGUGUUAAAGUACAUUGUUUAAUCUAUAGUCACUGUGAAACAUUGGUUAAAUAAAACGUCUUAACCUGAAAUACCAUAACGUUGAGUGUUACGCUUCGAUCGUGUGAGUUUGGCACAAACGUAGAAAAUAUUGGUGCUAUUUAAUACUAGGUAUAGUUCAUUACUUUUAUAUAUAAAUAAUUUUUGCAAUAAAAUAUUGAAGUAAAGCUAAAUGAC